AUGUUGGCUAAUUGUUGGAUAAUUUUGUUAGGGCUUCAUGCCAUCGGGGCAUUUGAGGAUUACGAAAAUAAGUUCGAAGAUAGUGAUCUUGUUACGGAAAAACAUGAUGGGGAUUUGUUAUCAUUAGCGACAGAAGAAUACAACAAAAACUCCAAUGAUAAGUACUGGUGGAUUCCAGUGGAAGUAUUGAAUGCCGGUGUUACUGAUGAUAAAGGAUUGUUUUUGUGGGUUAAACUUGUAAUGGCUCCUUCGAAUUGCAUAAAAAUUGCCUAUGCUAACUAUAAUAAUAAACAUUGCAAAGCGAAAAAAACAACUGAUUUGAAGGCUUGUACAUUUAAAAUAGUUAAAAAAAUAUGGAUAAUAUCAGAGGGUGUUAAGCUUGAUACAUGCUCUGAUUAUGUUUCACCCGAACAACUAAACGAAACGAUCAGCUUUACACCAGAUGUAGUGGAAACGAAUUCAUCAAGAUCAGUGCUUGAUUCGGUAGAAUGGAUGAAACCAGAAAUGAUGACGCUAUGGAGAAAUUUCGUAAAUUUCAUGAAAACAUUCAAGCGAGAAUAUUCUUCGGUAGCGGAACAAUUAGAACGUUUCAAAAUAUACAUACAAAAUAUGCAUUUCGCACAGAAGUUGCAGUAUGAUGAGAAAGGAACAGCAAUUUAUGGUGUAACCCAAUUUAGCGAUAUGACACCCGAAGAAUUUCAGAAAAAAAUGCUACCAAGCGUGUGGUGGGAUAGUGUAAAAUCCAAACAUACUGAAUUAGAUUUUAAUUUAAAUAAUUUUAAUCUCUCAUUCAAUAAUCUACCAACGAAAUUCGAUUGGCGCACAAAAGGAGUUGUUACGCCAGUAAAAAAUCAAGGUUCCUGUGGUAGUUGUUGGGCUUUUUCGGUUACUGGCAAUAUUGAAGGUCUUUGGGCUAUUAAAACAGGUGAGUUGAUAUCGCUCUCCGAACAAGAAUUGAUUGAUUGUGAUAUUAUUGAUAAUGGAUGCAACGGAGGAUUACCAAUCAAUGCUUUCCGAGAAAUAAAGCGAAUGGGUGGUUUGGAACCGGAAGAUAAAUAUCCAUAUAAGGGGAAAAAUGAAACGUGUCAUUUGGUUCGAAGAAAUAUUGCUGUUAGUAUUGAUGAUGGCGUAGAAAUUCCGCGUAAUGAGACUGUGAUGAAAGCAUGGAUUGCGCAACGUGGGCCUAUUUCUGUUGGAAUUGAUGCGGAAUUACUGGCAUAUUAUAAAGGUGGUAUUCUUCAUCCAACCCGAUCACGCUGUCCACCGUCGAGGAUUAAUCAUGGAGUGCUGAUCACCGGCUAUGAUGUUGAAAAUGGUCGACCCUAUUGGAUAAUCAAAAAUAGCUGGGGUGAGCAGUGGGGUGAAGAUGGCUACUUUCGUUUGAUGCGCGGCAAGGAUGUUUGUGGCGUUAGGGAUUUGGCGUCAUCUGCAAUCAUUUAUUGA